AUGACGGCCCCGGCCGAUGCAUUCCAGCAGCUUGCCGGUGUAUUCGCUUCUCGAGGCGACAAGAUCCUCGACAUCGAGAUCAUCCCGUCGAGUCUAGGCUCCCCGUUUCUCCAGGAUGGAUGUGCCAUCGGCAUCACCAAAAAGACCCUGGUGCAAGCCUACACAGUCGCCCGACAACUCUUCUCCAAAAAGCUCAUGCCUAUGACCGAGGAUGACCUGCUCGUCAGUCUCCUAGAAACCGAUUCGAGCCGGGGCAUCGCUUCAGAUCAAGUGACCACCGAGAUCAUGCUGCUCUUUGACUGCGAACACUUGACCGCGUGUAACUGGCGCAAGCGCCGACUAUUGGCUGCUCUCGUACGUAGAAAGGAUGUGCCAGGUCGAGACUCGACGUUGAUUCGGAUCUUAAAAACGGAGCUCACGCUUCUACAGAGCUAUCAAUGCUCACCACUGCAUCGACAUACCAAGUCACCAACUUUAUGGUCACAUCGGAUAUGGGUGCUGGAGCAGCUUUUGAAAAUAGAAGAGCAGAGUCCUGAAGCCUUGCUGGACCUGGAGCGCCAUGAGCUGGCCGUCGUCCUUCGCGCUGGAGAGCUACAUCCGAAGAACUAUUAUGCAUUUACCUAUAUGCGCCAGCUACACGCUCUCCUUACAAGAAGCCCGGUCGAGAAGCGGGAUUCUCCAAAUUGGUCAGCUGUGUUGGCGGCAACAUUAGUGAAUCCCGUGCUGGACUGGUGUCUUGCUAAUCCACGGGAUAUUUCUGGUUGGGUCUUUGGAAUAUACUUGCUAAGUCAUGUCCCGGACCGACAGCUUCAAGUCGAUGCGGUUGGCAGAGUGCUUCGUUUUGCACGGGAUGUCGGCUGGGAAGGCGAGAGUUUAUGGACAUUUAUUGAUCAGACGGUGCGCCAAUUUGAUCUUGAGAGCGUGGUGGACGAAGCGUUCCUCCUUGAUCAAAAGAGACGAGAACCUGUAUCCACCACCGUUGUCAAAUCCUCUUUGACGAAGUGGCCAUGGCGAGGUCGGCUGGACAGGGCCAGAGCCUAUUGGGCUGUAUAUGGAUCCAGCCAUGAUACAUAA